AUGCGCGACUUAAAAUUCCUACUUGUGACCUCCGUAGCCUAUGUCACGCAACUGGCCUACUCAAAUGUUAUUGAUCUUUCUGAUUCCAGGUGGACUUUGUCAAAUCCCUCGUUGAACAUCUCAGUCGCUGCCCGGUUACCCUCGCAAGCACAUCUUGAUCUGUAUGCCGCUCAAAAGAUAGACGAUCCCUACUUUGGCCUCAAUGAUUUCAACCUACGCUGGGUGGCGGAGACCAAUUGGACCUAUACGUCGACUCCGCUAAGUUUCAGAAGCUCUGAUACUUCGUACACGUACCUCCUGUUCAAUGGGCUCGACACGUUUACUACCAUCGAGCUAUGUGGAGAACAUGUGGCCUCGACAAACAACCAGUUUCGCCAACAUUUUUUUGAGAUUUCACAAAUAGUCAAGCGCUGCCCUGGAGAAAUAAUCCUCAGUAUCAAUUUUGGGAGUGCUCCCAAUAUUGCCAAUGAGAUCGCUGCACAGCCAAAUCAAGAAGAAUGGCCGUACGGUGUUGAAAUACCAUUUGAGUAUCCCAACCGCCAGUUCAUCCGGAAAGAGCAGAGCGAUUUUGGCUGGGACUGGGGUCCGGCCUUUGCGCCUGCAGGUCCAUGGCAGCCUGCCUAUGUGAUUGAACUUGGAGCCUCCGCCAUACACCUACGCAAUUCUCUUGUUGAUAUUUACCGCCUGGGCCAAUUGAACAACUUACCACCAAGCCAAGACCAACCCUGGGUUCUCAAUGCCAGCGUGGACUUCCUGGGCCAACUUCCGCAGAAUGCAGGCCUCGCUUACCAGCUUCUUGACGCCAACAACAGUACAAUCACAGCCGGUCAUUUGUCGAACGUGACCGUGGGUGACGGUAGUAUUACGGGAAACACCAUUGUUCCGAGCGAAAAGGUGGAUCUAUGGUGGCCAAAUGGGCUUGGUCCGCAGGCUCUGUACUAUCUGACCAUAGCUGUUGUCGGGGCUGACGACCACUUGCUCACUUCGACAAACAAGCGAGUGGGAUUCAGGACUAUUGUCCUCAACGAAGGCGUAAUCACCGAGGAACAGCUCUCUCAAGGGAUUGCUCCUGGAAACAACUGGCAUUUUGAGAUCAACGGCCACGAAUUUUAUGCCAAAGGAUCCAAUUUCAUCCCACCAGAUGCUUUCUGGCCCAGAGUAACAGAGGAUCGCAUCCGUCAGCUAUUUGAAUCAGCUACGGAUGGCAACCAAAACAUGCUCCGUGUCUGGUCUUCAGGAGCGUACUUGCCUGAUUUUGCUUACGAUAUUGCCGAUGAGAUGGGCCUUCUCCUAUGGAGCGAGUUUCAAUUUGGGGAUGCCCUUUACCCAGUCGAACCAGAGUUCCUUGAUAAUGUCCGAGAAGAAGCCAUAUACAAUACCCGCCGGGUCAACCAUCAUCCAUCCUUGGCGUUUUGGGCAGGCGGAAACGAAAUGGAGAAUCUGGAGCUUCCAACGGCCAAGAAAGCGGCUCCUGAUGAAUACCCCCGAUAUCUGGCUGAGUAUGAAACUCUAUUCCUUCGUACGCUACUACCGGCCGUCUUUGAAAACAGCAGAAGCAUUUCCUACGCUCCGAGUAGUACCAGCAAUGGGUAUUUAGUGCUAAACUUCAGCCUACCGAUACCCAUGAUUGAAAGAUAUGACAACAAAACGCCAGGAUCGAUAUACGGAGAAACCGAUUACUAUAACUACGAUUCUUCUGUUGCCUUUGAUUACAGCACGUAUCCCGUGGGGAGGUUCUCGAAUGAGUUCGGAUACCACUCCAUGCCUUCACUCCAGACAUGGAGACAAGCAAUCUCGGCUUCCGACUUGCAUUUCAACUCGUCUACCAUUAUGCUACGGAACCAUCAUUACCCACCUGGUGGCCUAAACACGUCAAACUACUACAACACUUCGCUAGGAAUGGGGGAAAUGACACUUGCAGCAGAAAGAUGGUACCCUGUGCCACACAAAGAAGAUCCCAUUGCAAAUUUCUCCGCUUGGUGUCAUACCACCCAGAUUUUCCAGGCAGAUUUUUACAAGAGCCAGAUUAUGUUCUACCGCCGUGGAAGCGGAAUGCCAGAACGUCAACUCGGAUCCCUGUACUGGCAACUGGAAGAUAUCUGGCAGGCACCAACUUGGGCUGGCAUCGAAUACGAUGGCCGCUGGAAGGUGUUACACUAUGUGGCAAGAGACAUCUACCAGCCUGUCAUCAUUUCACCUUUUUUCAAUAGCAUGACAGAGUCCCUUGAGGUCUACGUGACUUCCGACUUAUGGUCAACUGCUACCGGGACGGCCAACUUUACCUGGUACGAUUGGUCCGGAAAUCGGCUUAACGUCAGCACGGCUCCUUCUGCUUCUCUUACGGUCGGUCCCUUGAAUACCACUCUUGUACUUGGUGCCAAUACGAAUGAAACCUUGUCCGGAUACGAUCUUGCGAACGUAAUCCUCGUUUGUGAGGUCAGUGUGGACGCCCAGUUGCCCAACAGCAAUGUUACGCAAACAUUGACUCAUCAAAACUGGUUCCAUCCAACCUCCCUUGCAGAAUCCAAGCUAGUAGACCCAAAACUAACGCUUUCUUACUCCAACACCACAAACAAAUUUGUGGUCAAAGCAACAACGGGAGUGGCAGUUUGGGCAUGGCUGGACCAUCCGGCAGAUGUAGUUUUGAGCUUUGACGAGAAUGCAUUCUUGCUGCUCCCCGGCCAGGCCAAAGAGGUGGGAUAUAAAAUAAGAAGCGGCUCUAUCAGUGAUGAAUGGAUUGAUAAGGUAACUGUACGGAGUUUGUGGAACAACACAGUUCCCUGA